UUUGUGUUGCGAUUACAAAUUGACAGAAAUAGAGACAGUUUGUUGCAAUACCUUAUGUCAGAAGAAUAUAAAAUUUACCAUAUAGAAGGCAAGAGAUUGGACAUGGACACUCAUAAUCAUGAAGUGGACGACAAUAGUUCUAGAGAAAGUGAUGAUAUCAAAGUUGAAUUCACACAGACCCCUCAGCAUACUCCACCAUAUACGAUAUUUUUAUCUCAUGAAAGAAUAUUGCUAGUUGUCAUUCUUUCUCUUGUGGGAUUCUGGAGUGCUGUUUCUAGUCCAAUUUAUUUCCCUGCUCUUCCAACAUUACAACAUUACUUCCAUACUACCCCAGGGAUGACCAAUGCAUCAGUUAUUGCCUACUUAAUAUUCCAAGGUAUAUCACCAACAAUCUCUUCCAACUUGGCUGACACUUUCGGGAAGAGACCAGUUAUAUUAACGAGCAUAUUGAUAUACAUUGGUGCAUGUGUUGCCAUUUCCCAGAUGCAUAACUACAUAGGACUUGUUAUAUUAAGGUGUGUUCAAGCUGCUGGUAUUGCUCCUGUUAUUGCAAUUAGUUCAGGUGUUGCUGGCGAUGUUUGCACACCUGCUAAUCGAGGUGGUAUGGUUGGCGUUACCGUUGGGUUACAGUUGGUUGGAAAUGGUAUAGGUGGGUUAAUAGGUGCACUUCUUAUUAGUUCAUUUAAUUCAUGGAGAUCAAUCUUUAUAUUUUUAACCAUCGGUGGAGGAGUUACAUUUGUGUUGGCUUUCUUUUUAUUACCAGAAACGUCAAGAAGUAUUGUCGGUAAUGGAUCCAUCAAACCUAAAUCAUGGUGCAAUAGAAGUGUGUUCAUUAGAUUCCCACACUUCAAAGCAAGAAUGACCAAUGAUAUAAUAACGUUAGAACCAAAGAAAUCGUUUGAUUUCUGGGGCCCUUACAAGAUCUUCUUCAAGAGGAUUGUCUUCUUUUCAUUGCUUCCCCUGGGCUUGCAUUUUGCAUCAUGGACCAUGGUUCUCACUUCACUUUCUACCGAACUUGAAUCAAGUAAGUAUAAUUACACCGUUAUGAAAGUUGGUCUCGUCUAUCUUCCACAAGGGCUUGCUUGCUUUGGGGGCUCCCUUGUUAUAGGAAGGUUGAUGAAUUGGUACUAUCGUCAACGGAAAACCCAACACGAACAAAUAUACGGGGACUUACCCUAUACUGAAAGACAUCCAUUCAAUAUUGUUAGCACUAGACUAGCUCUUUGCAUUGUACCUUCUAUUCUAACCAUCAUUGGGCUUUCAAUUUUUGGUUGGUGUAUUGAAACAAAUCAGCACAUAAUCUCAAUCAUAAUUUCCACGUGUCUCAUUUCAUUAAGUUCGUCAAUGACAAUGAGCAUCAGUGCUACAUUACUAGUUGAUUUGUUCCCAACGCAAGGAAGUGCUCUGGCUAGUUGUGUAAAUUUAAUGAGGUGUUUAUUGGCAGCAUUGGGCACGGGUGUGCUUGAUUUUAUGGUAGGUAAGUUGCAUUUGGGUGGUACGUAUACAUUAAUGGCAGGAUUGACUUUGGUGGCUGAUAUGGGAUUCAUUUAUGUGGUCUAUAUCGUCAAUCAGAGCCUGCCAAAGCUAUAUUUGGGCGGUUUAACCGAGCCUGACAUGGUUACUGGUGUUUACUUAACCGAGCCUGACAUGAUUACUGGUGUUUACUUAACCGAACCAUGA